UGAUAUAGUGUUAUUAGCAAUAUAGUAUAUGAUAUAGUGCUAUUAAUAAUAUAUUAUAUGGCAAAUAAUUGCACAAACAAAUGGCUGGGAAAUCAGGUGAAAUUAAAUGGAGUAAUAAGCCAGAUGUUGAUUUUUCAAAACCUUUAUCUCCAAAGUAUUCUCUGUUCGGAGAGCAUAUUCGUCAUGUUACACCAAGUUAUCUUCAAUGUUCUAUGUUUUGUGGAGGGAAACAAUGCAAGUAUGAUAAUCCCUUAAAGUUCAAAGAAAAUGAAAUGGCAAUAUUUGGAUUGUAUUCUUCAUGGGUUACCAAAAAUAUUUUGGCAACAUCUCGACCAUCCACAGAAGUUAUUAAGAAGCAUAAUAUUAUUGAGCAAUUUCAAAAUGCUGGUAUCAAAUCCAUAAUUAACCUCCAACAGGCUGGAGAACAUAGCGCAUGUGGUUUUGGUUUGGAACCUAGUGGAUUUUCAUACGAGCCUAAAGAUUUUAUGGAUAACAAUGUUUUCUUCUACAAUUUUUGUUGGAAUGAUUAUGGUGUGCGAUCAUUAUCCUCCAUUUUAGAUAUGGUCAAAGUAAUGGAUUUUGCUCUUCAAAAUGGAAAGGUGGCUGUUCAUUGCCAUGCUGGAUUAGGGAGAACAGGUGUUCUUAUUGCAUGCUAUCUUAUUUAUUCUUUACGAUGUUCUGCCAAUGAGGCAAUUCACAAAAUGCGUCUUUCAAGACCAAAAGCAAUUCAAACAAGGGGUCAAAUAAAUUGUGUUCAAAACUUUGCUCAAUAUCUAAAACCAAUGUGGAUUGUAUUUUCUACUGGUGAAAACUAUUUUACAUUGGAACGUUAUAUAAAACGCCAAAAUAAUAUUCUACAUGGAGAAAUUAGGAGGUCUUUUAAAUACAUGCCACAGAUAAUUUAUUCAAUUCUGGAACGUUUACUACAGUUAGCAGAAGUUAAUUUUGAUCUUUCAAAAACGAUUAUUAUCAAACGCUUUAAUAUUAUGCAGAACAGUUUUUGUAAUGCAAAUAACAAACCAAAUAAUUUUAAUCAAUUUAUAAACCCUCUAAAUAAUUGUAUUAUACAAUCCACUGAUUCUAUCAAUCACCAAUUAAAUAUCCAAUUCACUGAUUCAAUUAGUUACCCGUCAAUUAAUGAAUUUACAGAUUUUUUUUCAAAUACUUCUGACAAACUUAAUGAGCAAAUGAGUAGCUCAACAAUUAAAGAACUUUUUUCAGGAAAAUUAAAAAAAAACUCAAAUUUUUUUAAAAAACACAUCAGCAGUGAAGAUAUUGUUCAGCAUAUUGCACAUGUUUUAUGUGAGGAUUUCAAAACCAAAGCUAAAUCAUUUCCUGAAAUUUUGCUUCAUGAUAAUUACAUUAAUCUUUCAGAAAAACUAAAUGUUUUUGAGAAACAAAAUAUUUUUGACAAAAAUUUUAAUAAACUAAAGAAUAAUAUUAAAGAAAAAUUAAUUCCAGAAGAUAUAUCAACUGUUACUAAUUUAGAUCUUACAUCUAUGCAAAAUGUUUUUUUAUUAAAUACAACAAAUGAAAGUGCAUUACAGCAUGAGAAGGGAGGUGUAUUGCAACAUGAGAGUACAUCACACCACGACAGUACAUCACACCAUGAGAAUACAUCACACCACGAGAGUACAUCACACCAUGAGUUGAUCUUAAAGAGUUUAGCAUUUCAUUGUUGUGAUAUUAAAGUUUUAACACAAAUUGAAAGACAUAAACGAAAUUUUAAUUGUGAUAAAAAUGCUUGCCAGAACCUGAAGGAAGAAAUUAAUUUUUCUGUUUUAAGUGGUUUGUUUUGGUCUUGGUUAUACCAACUAAAGGGACCAAUAAUUAGUUGUGAUUUAAUUGAAAUUAUAUCACAAAAUAAUCAAUACACUGACUACAAUCAGUUUACUGACAUUAUUUCCUCUUGUCUUAAAAAGGAGGUUUGGAAACUUUGUGAAUGUUUUUUAACAUUUCUAUCACAGCUAAAUGGUGGAAAAGUAUUUAUUGAUCGCAUACUUCGUCGUUUUGCUGUUGCUUUGACAAAAGAUGAUUCUUUUGUGAAAGAUGGUGCUCUGAUGAAAGAUGAUGAGCAAGAAAACUGGGUGGGUUCAGAAUGUUAUAAGUUUUUAUUGAUAUGGUUAGAGAUGUUACAAAAUGUUACGUAAUUUAUAUAAGGGUUAGUCCAUAAAUUACGUCACGCAAUUUUUGACCGUUUUCGAACCCCCCCUCCUUCUCGUCACAAAAUCGCAACACUUAAGAAGCGAGUUUUGAAUGAGUCGUCACAAAACGACCAACCCCCCCUCCCCCCUUAUAGCGUGACGUAAUUUAUGGACGACCCUAAAUGACCCCAAAUUUUAGAAACUAAAUUCAAUAUUUUUCUUCAUUUUUUUUUAUCUUUACAUUUUAAGUUAUAAAAAUAAUUUUUAAAUGUAAAAUAUCACCAAACAUUUAAAUUUCAUUUUCAUCUUUCUUUUUUUAUAUAUAUAUAAAUAUAUAUAUAUUUUUUGAGACGUUUCAUUUCAAAACUGUAAACACUCAAUAAUAAAUUUUUUCGGAUUAGUUUAUUCUAAGCAGGCUAUAUUCGACUAAAAAAAGUAACAUGGGUAUAGCCAGAAAAUGAUAGGGAAAAGAAAUAAAUGACUAUGAACAUUUAUUAUAAUUUAUUAUGUAGUCAUAUAUUUAUAAAAAUAAGUUAUAUAAUUAAGAAAAUUAAGAUAAAGUGAAUUUCGUUUCAAAAUAA